ACAGAAUGAGAAAGCGAGCGAUAGAUAGAAAAAAGUGAGAAAAUAUAGCACGAAAGAUAAUAAAUAAUAAAAAAACAGAGCGAAGAAAAUAUUGGUUCGAAUGUCAUCGACAGUAUAUGUUUAGGUUAGAUCAGAUAUGUUAGGUGCUGUGCCACACUGUGGCAGCCACAGAGUCCACAAGUGACAUCAGCUGGUACAAACUGUAGUAGCCGAAUAAUCUACAAUUUUUAAUUGUGGAAAAAUAAUUAUUGUAAAUAAUUUAUUGAAGAAGCAAAAUGGUUGGAGAUAAAUCGGUAGAAUGUCCUCCGACAAGUAACGAGAUAUCUAAGAAAGCCUUGAAAAAGCAGCAAAAAGAGAUGCAGAAAGCAGCAAAAAAGGCAGAAAGAAAAGAUCAAAUUCAGUCCCAGCAAGAAUCUACAGAAGAAGCUGAAGAUGUGUCUGUGGGAAAAUAUAGUCAGAUGAAUAUGAUUCAAAGUAAGGAAAAGUUUGAAGAUAGAAAGUUUACAGCAAUCAAGAAUCUGAAUAAAAAUCUGGAGAAUGAAAUAGUUUGGUUGAGAGGUCGUUUACAUACUAGUCGUGCUAAAGGGAAGCAAUGCUUCAUUGUAUUGAGACAGCAAUCAUAUACAGUGCAGGGAUUAGCUGCUGUGAACGAAAAAAUCAGCAAACAAAUGAUUAAAUUUAUUUCCAACAUCACAAAAGAGUCUAUAAUCGAUGUUAAGGCCAUAGUAAAAUCUGUACCGUCGAAAAUCGAGUCAUGCUCACAAGCAGAUGUAGAAGUUCACAUAGAAGAAGUGUUUGUGAUAAGUGCUGCCAAGCCACAGCUUCCUUUACAGAUAGAAGACGCCGCGAGACCUAUUAGCGAAGCAGAUGAAACUGCAUUGAAUAUUAGAGUGAAUCAAGAUACCAGACUGGAUAACAGAGUGCUAGAUUUGCGUACUCCAGCUAAUCAGGCGAUUUUCAGGGUGGAAGCUGGCGUUUGUAAACUCUUUAGAGACAUUCUGACGAAAAAAGGCUUUAUCGAGAUACACACUCCUAAAAUCAUUUCUGCAGCCAGCGAGGGUGGGGCAAACGUGUUUACAGUGUCUUACUUUAAAAAUAAUGCUUAUCUAGCUCAAUCGCCACAAUUAUACAAGCAGAUGGCUAUUGCUGCUGAUUUUGACAAAGUUUUUACUGUUGGAGCAGUUUUCAGAGCGGAAGAUUCCAAUACGCACAGACAUUUGACAGAAUUUGUAGGCCUUGAUCUGGAAAUGGCCUUUAAAUAUCACUACCACGAAGUGGUAGACACUAUAGGACAAAUGUUCACUGAGCUCUUUAAAGGUUUACGUGAGAUGUAUGCAGAUGAUAUAGCAGCAGUCAGUCAACAGUACCCCGUGGAACCUUUUAAAUUUCUUGAACCAGCUUUGAAAUUAGAGUAUCCAGAAGCGAUUGAAUUGUUAGCGGAAGCGGGCGUAACUCUUGGCGAAGAGGAUGAUCUGUCGACACCAGACGAAAAACUCUUAGGAAAACUCGUUAAAAUUAAAUAUGACACGGACUUUUACAUUUUGGACAAGUAUCCUCUUGCUGUGAGACCUUUUUAUACGAUGCCAGAUCCAAACAAUCCUAAAGCGUCCAACUCGUAUGACAUGUUUAUGCGAGGCGAGGAGAUUAUAUCUGGCGCGCAACGUAUCCACGAUCCAGAUUUUCUGACCGAACGAGCUAAACAUCAUGAAAUCGAUAUCGAGAAAAUCAAGUCAUAUAUCGACGCCUUCAGAUAUGGUUGUCCGCCGCAUGCUGGCGGCGGUAUAGGCAUGGAACGCGUUGUAAUGUUGUAUCUCGGCUUGGACAACAUACGUAAAGUAUCUAUGUUCCCGCGUGACCCUAAACGACUCACUCCUUGAAAUUAAUUGCAAUAUUUCGACUGAUAUUGUUAUAUAUUCGAAAAUAGAAUCUUUUACCUUGAAUACAUGUAUUUUAUAAAUGA